AUGGACCGGGCCGACGGAUCGAGAAAUUUCGCUGGCAACCCGGACAUCUGUUCGCAGGCUAAGCAAAGAGCUACGAUAAAAUGGCUUUUGUCAAAGGCGUACAAUAAUAGAAUUCCAGAAAAUGUUAUUGAGCCAUUUUACAAAGAUCAUGAUAAUCAAGAACAUCUAAAACCACCUUUGGUCCAUUCUUUAGCUAAUGCUGAACUUUAUUGUCUGGCAUUAGGAAAUAUAUAUUCUGAUCCAAAUUAUCACAAUCUUAAUCACUGGGGAGUUAUCCAAGCUUUAAAUAAAAAGGGUGUAACUGUGAAUGAUCCAUCAGUAACAGAGACCGUUUUAAUUCAAACAACACCUUUAAAACUUAGUGCUCACAUGGCAAUAAUGGAAGCUGUUAUGACAUUGUAUGCAAAAGAAGUAGCAACACCUAAUCGUGUAAUGGCUGCUAUACAAAGACUGAAUCAUGUUCCUCAUAGAACCACUAUUGUAAUGCCUGAGGAUAACGAAAAAGCUAUUUUAUUAUGGGUUAAUCGUACUGUUGAGGCUUUAAAACAUCGAAUAUCAAGUUCACAAACGGAGAAUUCGUCUGUACCCGACAUUUCCCCCGUGAAUGAUUUUCAUGAAAUCAGUGAUGGUGCAGCUAUAGCAGCGUUGAUAUCUUUUUAUUGUCCUGAUGAAUUGCCUUGGCAGUAUAUUACUGUAUCUAAAGCACCAACAUCUACAGACUGUAUAAAAAAUUUCAGUGUUAUAAAUGAUUUUUGUGAUCACAGUCUACCUUUUAGCAUAUUUCACAUGAGGCCUCAAGAUGUAUAUUAUAUUAGAGGGUCUAUGAAAACAAAUUUAAUCGCAUUUUUUGCUGAUUUGUUCAAUGUUUUGGAAAUACAUCCAGCUAAAUGUGUCAGUUUCAAUCAGGGUAGAAACGAUUUGGCAGACGGCAUGGCACAUAACAAUUCUGUGAAAAAAGUUUCAAAUACAAUAACACCUCAACCGCCACAAGACGGAAAAAAGACUACCCGAUGUAACGGUGAAGAACAAUUUGUCGUUCAUCGUAAUCGUUCUGUUCUCACGCUAAAUUCAAUGUUAAAUCCCAGUAAUGGUGAUGCUAAUAAUGAUGUAGCAGCAGGUAAACCAACACACUGGGAAGAUACAAGAAAACAAUCUUAUGCUGGUCGACGUUCAAGAAGAAAUUCAUUUUCUGAAGAUUCACAAUUAACGGUUGAAAAUUUUGGAGGAUCACAAGAUAAUUUACAUUUCCUUGGUCGAAAUCCAGACAAAGAACCGGCGAUACACGUUGCACGUAAAGAUAGCAUCAGCAAAGUAACUAAUUCUCAUUCUCAAGAAAAUGAUAGUUCUGGUGUUCAUAAUCUAUUACAACACUCCAAUACUAGUCCUGCAAUGUCGAGGGUUUCUAGUGAUGCAUCAAACAAUAGCCAAGGACUUCAACGGAUGUUGUAUGAUAGUUUUGACGAUGUAGAAUCUGUUGUCCAACCACCUAUGCCUACACUUAAACGGAGCUUGUCAUAUGUUGAUACUACUACACAACCCGUGAAUCCAUCCAGUACAACUACAUGGUUACAACAAAGUUCUGCAUCUGCUGCUCACAGUGAUCAUGGAGAUGAUUCUGAAAGUGACGGUUCUGUUAUGAGUUCACAAUUGCUCAACAUAAAAUUAAAAUUAGAAGAAAAAAGGCGACAGAUUGAAAACGACAAACGCAAAAUGGAAUCUCUUAUGAAUCGACAAAGACAACAAGUAGGAAAAGCUGCAUUCUUCCAAGCUGUUACAAGGAGUAAAAAUGGUGGUAGAAAUUUACAAAGCCCUGAUUCAAACUAUAGCAGAAUGAUGUUUAAUGACGGUAAUAUUUCACCAUCUUCUGUUAAAACUGCUCAGCAGUCUUUUUCAUUUCAGGAUAAUGGGAUGGAAAGUAAAUGGUCUGAUCGUAUGAGUCAGUACACGGAUGAUCGCAAAACACCCGAUUCAGAUCACAUAAAUACAGAAGAUUACAAUACCUUAUCCAAAAUGCAUUCAAAUUAUCAAGAAAUUCAAGCAGACCUGCAAUGUUUAGCUAAUCAACAAAACCAAAUGCAACAUAACAGUUUACAGUCAGAAAUGAUGCAGCAUUAUCCUGGUAUCCAGUCAUUGCAACAAGUUUAUCAAAACACUCAUUCCAUUCACCAACCUCAAAAUUACUUAAUCAACCGCCAACAAAGUAAUAACUGUGUAAUGCCGAAUGGACAAAUGAUGCAACACAUAGAUCAUAACAACACUGAUAAUAAUCAACAAUGGCACAGUCUUAUGAAUCACAAUCAACCACCUAUGCCAGCGUUUAACAAUUAUAAUCAACCACAACAUACACAAUACCAAAAUCAGCAAGGUUAUGUUAAUCAAAGACCAGUUUCGUCUAACACACUACCAAAUCCCAAUGUAUACUCUCCAGCGGACAACCAUUAUUUGCCACAAGAUCCAUAUGAGCAAAUAAUGCCACCUAACAAGGAAACACAAUCCCAGCAGUUUUUCUUACACAACAACCAACAACAACCUCAACAACAAAAAUUCAGAAAAAGUUGGGACAUUUCAUCAUCACCACAGACACAUACAUUUGCUCAAGAAUCACAAAACGUUUGGAAUGGCAGUCGUACAAUACCAAAAUCUUCACAACCAUCUUCAUUGAGUGGGUCGCCACGUCAAAAGUCUGAAUUUGCUCUGUUAAAUAGGUCUGGUGUUAAAACUAGUCCUUCAUCACCAGUUCCUCCUCCUCGUCGUAAUUCCAAUCAUGUUGUAAGCCACUCUCAAAUGCCAACUCCAUCCAUUGAUGAUAUGCAACCUCAAAGCAUUUCAUUCAUUGGCAACGAUGCAAACAAGUCAGAUCUUGACCUUUCCGAAAGCCUGAAUAGAAUUCAAAUAACGUCUGGACAUAGAACGUACAGGAUACCAUCUCCUACCCGAACACAUAUGCCAAUUAAUCGAAAUUCUUUCAACGACAAUAAUACCUCUAUAUCCAACACUAGUCAAGAUACAUCUGCAAACACAUCGGAUAAAGGUUUUUAUGUCUCAUUUGAAGAUGAAGAAACACCUAAGCGACCCAAACCUCCAUUGAGAAUGAAAAAAAUUGUAUCAAAAGAAAGGAAUUUGACUCAAGUAUUAAACAAUUCUGUUUCACUAAACAACUUGGAUAUUUCUCCCAGACAUUUUAAUUCUUCAACGAUUGCAAAGUCAAAAGAAUUUUCUACUCCAGUUAAAUCUGCCUCAGAAUCUGCAGUAUUGCAAAGCUCAAAUAGCAAAAUUAAUCGUUCCAAAACUUCACCUUCUACUGGAGUUGAGCUCAUUAUUGAAAACCAAAAUCCAGACCCUGUGGCCAUUGAUGAGAUGGAAAAGAAGAAAGAAAGAAUUCUUUUAUUGUCGUUACAACGAAGACAGCAACAAGAAGAAAUUAAGAAUAAAAAAGAAAUUGAAGCACAGAAAAGAAAAGAAAAAGAGAAGGAAAAAGAAGAAAUGAAACUACGUAAGAAAGAAGAAGAAAAACAGAGAAGGGCCGUGAUAUUAGAACAAUAUAGAAUUAAAAAGACUAUUGAAGAAGCUGAAAGAGAAGGGAAAACUGUUGAUAAAGAACUUUUGAACUCAUUGAAAAUCAACAACAAUCAUACUAUGGGUGGCCCUCCAAGGUUACGAAGUAAAAUGCAGAGUGGACGGCCCCGACCAAAAACUAUACAUGUUGAUCGAAGUGAUACUCCGGAUGGAACGAUGACACCAUCUCGAGGCAAAAAAGGUUCAAUCACAAAUCUUGCUACAUUGAACUCACAAAUUAGACGAGAUUAUUACCGAGGAUCACAAGACUGCUUAGCCGAAACGCGGAGAACGUCAACUUCCUCUCUUUACUCAGACUUGACUGAUGAAGGGAAACUCACUACUCCAAGAAAUUUGGAUCGUCAUGGAUCUUACAAAAAUUCUAGAGAUUCUUCUUUGGACAGAACAAAGCGUAAAACAAAUUUUGGAUACUACAAUAGUGCACCUCGUAAAUCCAGUUCUCUCAUGAAUUUGUAUGGAGGUUCGAGCUGCGACCAAGACAGCAUGCUGUACCGGUGUGGCGAUACGGAUUCAGGGCUGGGACGUGCCACACCGCCAAGAAGAGCCGCAUCACCAUCUGGCCCAGGGUCUCUACCUGUCCGUAGAAAGUUCGACGACGCCGCGAGCGAGAGCGGUGGUAGCGACUACAGCGGUCCCAGGCUCUACAAACAACCAGUGACCAAGUCCAACCGCGGUAUCAUAUUGAACGCAGUAGAGUAUUGCGUGUUCCCAGGUGUAGUGAACCGGGACGCCAAAAAGCGGGUACUCGAGGAGAUCAACCGGUCCGAGGCCAGGCACUUCCUGGUACUUUUCCGGGACACGGGUUGCCAAUUCCGCGCGUUAUAUCUGUACUACCCGGAGAGCGAGGAGGUGGCCAAACUCUACGGCACUGGUCCACGGAUAGUCACUGAUCGCAUGUUUGAUAGAUUUUUCAAGUACAAUUCGGGCGGCAAGUGUUUUUCGCAAGUGCACACCAAACAUCUGACUGUCACCAUCGACGCCUUUACCAUACACAACAGUUUGUGGCAGGGUAAAAAAGUGAAUUAUCCCAAUAAAAAAGACAUGACGCUAGUCGUUUGA